CACCAGCGGCAGUAGGUCUCGCCUUCCAACGUCGAGGCAGUUAUGGGAGAUUAAUUAGAGUCAAGACUAGCUUUUGUACAACUUGGGUACUUUUUUUCACCGCACUUUCAUUGAAAAUACAAGAAGAAAAGCAACCUUCAAGAUGAGUAUGGGGCAGACCACAAGCCACGUUCUGACGCCUCAAGGCCGCCCAAUGCUUCCACAAAAUGGAGUCGGGGAAGGCUCAAUGCAAUGCAACUCUCCCUCCGUCGCCUCCAAAUCGCCGCCUCAGGUUCAUCGGGCUGUGGCGACCUUGGGCGCCGUUAACGGCAACAAGCCGCGACCCUUGGAAAUUCUAUGCAAGGGCGGACUAGCCACCAUGAACCACCGCAACAACAGCCACGACGAAUUCGAUGUGGAAAGCAACGACGACUCACCACCGAGUACCCCCGACUCCCAGGACUCGCUCGUCGGCGACGGCCGCAACGACGUGCUGGACGCCGAGACCAAGGGCCUCAUUAAACGUUUUCUCACAGACUUUACCGGCCUGUCGACUGCUAGCUGGAACGAAAGCAAGGCACAUUCGACCAUGAAAAGAGUAGUCGAAAAGGUUUUGGAAAAGCACAAGUACAAGUACAAUGGUAUCAUCAACAAACUGUCUCUGGAUGACCGAGGGGACAACGUGAGCUUUGUCAGUGAAGUGGCCAAGAGCAUGUUUUCGGAUGGGACAACCAACUGGGGGCGCGUGGCCAGCUUGGUGGCCUUUGGGGCCAUUGUGUCCCAGCACCUGAAAGAAAAGGGCCGGGCCCACUGUGUGGAGCCGGUGGCCGACGAGAUCUCUUCGUAUCUGCUGUCGCACCAGCGCAACUGGCUGGUGAAAAACAAGUCUUGGGAUGGCUUUGUACAAUUCUUUCGGGAAGUGGAUCCUGAGUCUACAGUGAGGAACACAUUAAUGGCCUUUGCUGGAGUGGCUGGCAUUGGCGCCACAUUGGCCCUGUUGAUCAGGUGAAUUUGUCGGACUUUAAAGACGAUAUUUGAACCAACGUUGAUGCUGAUCCGGACAAGCAUCGCAGAUGUUCCCCUCGGACUUUAAAAGAUGGAAAUUGAGGCAAAGUCACUGUUUAUGGCAGUUUGGUGUUCCUACGUAUGACUUAAGCGUUUGUGCAGACACGUCUACUUUUCACGGGUUGACUUCGUCCAGUAAUUAGCAUUAUUUAAUUUUCAAAGAAAUUUAUUUUUUCUAUUAGAUCUAAAAUAUGUUUCUAUGCAACUUUGUAAAAGAUUCACCCUGAUUGUGCGCCUUUUUUUUUUUUUUUGUGGACAUUUCCCCGCACUGGUGGAGUCGUGAAAAUUCUUAGUAGGAAGCGCCAGCCGCAUCUUCCAUAUACAGCAUAGUGACGGUGAAGCUCAUUUCCAUUAGUCUGAUUCCGGAACAAUACAGCUUUGUGAGUGGAGCGCAGAACAUUAGCAUUGGUGCCGCUCGGUGCUUCCUCUCGAGUCAGAUCAGCGCCAGGAACCGAAGCACUGCAGAAUGUUGGGAAGUACUGCGCCCUGGACCCUUUGAGUUUCUUGUGAGAAGCUUUUCAAGGACUGAGCUCAAAGUGCGUCACAGAAACGAAGGCCUGCAGGCGAUGGGGUCGUCACCAAGGGCGCUGGCACGGGCCCACGUGUAAACCACCAGGAGAAUGUAUAGGGUUAUUAGUUAAUAAAAAUAAAAGUAACAC